AUGCCUCCUCGCACCAAUUCAACUCCUACUAAGAACUGUGGUCGUACUGCUGGCCGAAAGUCAAUCAAGUCUGAUAAGAUGGUCGCUGACUCUGAUGUUGAGAUGGAUGAGACCUCACCUUCAAAGCAGAAGAUAACUGCAGUAAAGUCAACUCCCAAAGCUGUAGUGCCUAUGCCUCGUAAUGUGAAGGCCAAAAACAUGAUGGACUAUAGUGAUGAGGAUACAGUAACAAGGGAGAAGGCAAUCACUAUCCCUCACAAAGGUGGUAAGAACAACCAGACCAUAGACAACAGCGAUGAGGAUAUGGCAGUAAAUUCUUCUCAUAAAGCUGGUAAGUAUCAGAAGGUCGUCGAGAGCAGCAACGAUGAUAAAACCAAUCUUGCUUCAUGCAUGUCCGGUCGUACCGCUGCCAAGAUCGCUAGUGCUAAGCUGAAGGAUGUAUUCAUGGACAAUGACUCCGAUGUCGAGCAGUCUUUGGAGAGUGAUGCGGCCCUACCAAUCAAUGAACCCGAAAUUACCGAGACUCCGAAGAAGAAGGCGAAUAAGGCAUUCGUUCUUUUGCCGACUCCCAUUAGUCCUUCGCCCAACAAAGGAAAGGCGACUCAUACACCCACCAAGCGAGUUUAUGUCAGUGAUUCUGACAAGGAUGCACAGCCGGAACAAUCUUCUCCUAUUAAGAAAGGUCGUAACAGGCAAAGUAGGCCUGACUCUGAAGCAGAAGCAUCGACAAAGCAAUCCAAGCUUAAUCCUUAUGAUGUUAUGACCCUACUGCGCCUUGCCAUGACAAAGAUGUCAGAGCAGGAGAGACAAGAUUUUUGCUUGCAAGUAAGGCAAUACGAUCCUAGAGACUGCGACAUCCGCUUGUCUCCAACCAAAUCUGCCAGUGGAUCUAAAGGCAAAACCGAGGAUGUUCUCAUUCACCAGCCUUCACGCUCAGAUGUUCAGAAACUGUUGCCCUCUAAAGCAAUCGUAAAGGAUGGAAAGAUGGAGAUCAAUAAUGAAGAUACUGACGAAGGAGAGGAAAAUUUUGAGUGCCAGGUCACAUCCAUAACCUUGAUGGAUCCGAUUCUUCUCAAGGCUGGUGCCUACGAGACUUUGCCUCCCUUUCGACGCGCCUACUAUGUGAUCACGUAUCAGCCUAUCAAUACACUGACAUCUACUGGUGUGCUGGACGGCUUUAUGGGAUAUCAGGUGAACAAGCCCGCAUUGAUCAAGGCUCUCACCUUCGCUUUCAGCGAUGGUCUGUUUGUCAAUCCUGCACGCGCAAAUAUAAAAAACUAUCAGAUGACAGGUUCUUUGGAAAGCCGGCUGGGGGCUCGUCAGCUGGCCAUUACCUUUGGUGCUGUAACAUUCAGCGCUGUCGCUGCCUCUUGUAUGAUACAUUCUAUGUCAAAGUGGACAAAAGAUAUCAACAUUGUGCCGAUGAGCCUAGAAUGGGAGUGGACUGUUGCAUUCUUUGGCUCAUUCAUUGGUGACAACUAUGGUCUUUACACCUAUCAGAACAGUGUCACCAUGUCCACCAGACCAUCUACAUUGGAGCAUCCUGACUAUGCGGGCAAUUCUGGCAGUACAUCACUUAACAAGAUGCUCAGCAAGGCUUCUCCAAGCAAGGCUGUCGCGGGCAGGCAUGGUGGCCCUUCUACCAGUGCUGAUGGAAAGCAUGCAGCUGGCUUUAUCUUACCGCAGGGGAAAGUUCCUAGCACACUUGAUCAUUGGGAUGAUGUUGUUGUAUAUGACUGCACUGUAUUCUUCCAGGGCAUUGAGAGUCGCAAGCGAGAUAAUGAGUUCUCUUUCAAUUCAGUGCGCGACACCUGCCCGCGUUGGAAUAAUGAGGUUCCUCUUGGUUCUUUUGUUGCUGUCCUGUACAGCCCUAGCCAGUACAAAACCAAGCUGGGGACAGACUCAGUGUCGCUCAAUCUGAUGGCGGUCUGUAUUUUGUUGAAGGAGAAUAAAUUGCACGGUGCUGUCUUCUCAAAUACCUGGUCGUUACAAUUGUCUGAUGCUUGCAUCUUGAAUAUUAUGAGCGUACUUUGCAUCAUAGUUUGUUGA